GUUUAAUAUGCGCUUUGGUGGAGAGAUGGAGGCCGGAGACACAUACUUUCCAUCUUCCAUUCGGUGAGGUUGGCAUUAGCCUACAAGAUGUGGCGAUGAUCCUUGGUUUGCCCAUUCGAGGUAUGCCCCUUAGUGGUCCUACCAUUAAGGGUAAGGCUCAGUGGAUCAACCUGUGCACGCAGUCAUGUGGUUUCACUCCUUUAGAGACUGAUAUGCGCACAAGUGAUAUCACCUUGAGUGAUGUUACCCGUCACCCGAUUGUACCUGACAGUACAGACGAAGAGGUCACCGAACACACCAGGACCCUAAUAUGGCAAUUGCUUGGAGGGUUUUUGUUCCCUGACACGAGUGGGACAAGAAUACGAUUGUACUUUUUGGAAGUCUUGCAGGGUGACUUGGCUUUAGCCCGUCGAUGGAGUUGGGGAUCGGCGGUUCUCGGGUACCUCUACCAUAACUUGUGCAACGGCGCCAAGUG